GUGUCUCCAUCUCCAGUGCCACAUUUGGACUGACAGUGCGUGGAGGGGACAGUGGGGAAGUCUCGCGCUCAUCCACUCGGACUCGGAGCUCGUACAGGAGAAUCACCAACUCCACCAAUGAACUAAAGCUUCUUGUCGCUCCUAUGGGAUCUAAAGUGGGUUUAACCCCUUCUGAUAUCGCACUCUCCCCAUCGCCCCCACUCUAAAUGCUCUGGAACUGUUUCGGAAGUUGGAUAAGCCCACCUAAAUCUCACUAGAGGCGCAGAGAGGCCAUGGAGAACCCAGUUUUGGAGCCACGAGCAGAGCGCAUCGCCCGCUAUAAAGCCGAGAGGAGGAGAGAGCUGGCGGAGCGGUACGGGGUGACCGAGGAACUGCCCGUGAAGUGUACCAGGAGAGGGGGCAGAGAGGGCAGAGAGGGCAGAGAGGGCAGAGAGGGGCAGGAGGGGCAGGAGGGGAACAGGGGGGUGGUCGACUCAGAAAGAACGAGAGCGGUGUCCAACGGGCUCCAGCCAGAUGAGGUCAACCACCACAGAAGGCUCGGGUCCCAGGACGGUGUGGAGGGGGAGGGUCCAGCUGACGGCCCACAGCUCCACACUCGAGUGUCAGUGGGCCAGCUGAGAAGUGCCCUCCUGCAGCAGAGCGGGACAGGACCGCAGACCGAGCAGACCAGUUCCCCCGAUGCCGCCGCUGCCUCUCUGGACCUGGCAGUGGCACGUAGGCGCACCCGGCGGUACCUGCCCGCCGGGUCGGCCGCCGCCUCCCGAAAAAACAGCGACCGGUUCAGGACGCAGCCAAUCACAGCCAACGAGAGGGAGCAGAGCAGUGGAGUCCUGGAUGAAGUGGAAGAGGAGGACUCCAAAGGUGACGUUAAAACAGACGACAGGGCCAAAAUGAGUGUGGCGGCCAAGAUGUCUUUGUUCAAAGAGCUGGAGAAGUCCGCCCCCGCCCCCUCGCUCCUGAAGCCUCGCUCUGGGAGUGUGAGUCACGAACGAAGAGGCCGAAGGAACCACGACCAAAGGUUCAUGACGCAGCCCAUCACCUGUGAGGAGAUGGGAGCAGUGAGUUCCCCCAAACCAGCCCCUCCAGCAGGUGCAGAUCCAGGGCCCACAGACUCAGAGCCAGUGGAGGAUGAGAGCUGUAAGAUGAGCAUGAGCGAGAAACUGGCUCUGUUCAACAAACUGUCUCUGCCGGAGAGGAUGGCAGGUGCCCCUGUCGACUCCGCCCCCGACAGGCGCAGACAGAAGGGGGCUCGCUACCGCACCCAGCCCAUCACUGUGGAGGAGGUCAACCUGCUCCAGAAAGGCCCAGUACAGCUCCCUGCUUUCUCCCUGGCUCCUCAUCUGUCAGACCGACAGCAGGCAGAGUCCAUCAACCUCAAACCCAGUGAACUCCGCCUUUCACAGCCAAAACUGGACCCGAGCUCCGAGUGCUUUUCUACCCCACAAGACCACUUGUCCCAGCUGCCCCAACUGCCCCAACUGCCCCAACUGCCCCAACUGCCCCAACUGCCCCGCACUGAGUCUGAACCAGCAUUAAGGAGUAUCCUAAAGAAAAGCCGCUCGGGAGGCUCUGAUUGGUCCAGGACUAGCACCUGCAGCCAAAACGAACCACCUGUUAUACCUGACCAAAAUGGCGGUGACACAGAUAUUAUGACGAGGAAGGAGGAGAGACAGGAAGUGACAUCACCACUCCAGAGGGCAAGCGUGGACGGGGCACCUCCGAGUAGAGCUCCAUGGCGACAGCGUGGACGGAGCCGGAGAGAAACCAUCGCCUGUACGCCAACAAGACCUGAAACAAACCUGGAAGUGACUCAGACUGAGAGACACAGCACCUCCCCUGGCCAAAGGAACGACCAUGAUGGCAGUAUGAGGAACAGAGAAACAACGAGAGCCCGAGCUCCACAGCACGACAGCAGCACUCAGCCAAAGACGGUUACUAAUAGGACGAAGGACGACUCAGACACUGCACACGCCGACAGCACUGACCCUCUACAGUCCUGGGGCCCCGUCUUUGCCUCUGUGUUUUCUAGCAGUAGGCCUCAGUACAUUAUGUUUUUCAACCAGAAAAGCCUGUCGUUUGAGGCCCAAGAAGUAGCAUCGCCAGCACAAAACUGGAGAAAGAUGGGGAGUCAUGAUGUGUCCAAUGGUGCAGAGCCUGAAAUCACAACUGCACAAGAGCAGAAGAGAGGUGCAGUGUCUGUAGUGGAAGAACAGAGGGACAAAAUAGAUACAGAAUUCGAAGCGUGUUUACCCAAAGACACCGCCGCCCCUGAGGAGGUGAGGGGCACGUCGUCUGCCUGUGAGCCACGCCCCUCUGAUGAUGGUUUCCACGGUGACCACCCCGCCUUCUUCCCCUGUGCCCCGCCUCCGAGAGACUCCUCUGCCACAGACACACGGGACCUGUUCUGUCAGACCAGCGCCCCCAUCUUGAGCUCGGCAGUAGCAGAGCACAGACGCUCAGUUCGCCCGUCCCGUCGCACUCAGGGCUCCAGGAACCCGCUCAGAGCGCUCGCCGCCAGAGAAGAUAUCCAAUCUGACUUCAUGGGGGAGACGGCGGAGGAGAGGCUGCAGGCUCAACAGAAAUCAAAGAACUGCUCCAGUCAUUCACACGAUGUCUCCAGUGUAUCCCGUGUGCCCUACAAAAACCUGAUGCUCAUUCUCAUAAAAGGAAGGCGGCAUGUCCAAGUCAGACUGGUGGAGCCCUCCGUGAGGUCUCUCAAUAGUGGAGACUGCUACCUGCUGGUCACUCCAGAGCAUUGCAUCAUGUGGAGCGGAGAGUUUGCCAAUGAGCAGGAGAAAGCCAAGGCCCGUGAGCUGGCCCUCCUGAUUCAGAGCCAGGGGGACCUGGGCUGUGGAGCGCUCCAAGUUGUGCAUCUGGAGGAGGGACUGAACUGCGAUGGCGCUCUGGGAGAAGACUUCUGGAGCCUGCUGGGAGGACGCACACAGUACAGAGGAGCCGGAGCGGUGGAGGAGGACGAGCAGUUUGAGCGUGGAGUGGUCGAGUCCAACUGUGUGUAUCGUCUGGUGGAGGACAGGCUGGUGCCCCAUGAAGACGCCUGGGCCUGUGUCCCCCCUGUGUCCCUGCUCCACCCCACUGAGGCUCUGCUGUUUGACUUUGGCAGUGAGCUGUACCUGUGGCAGGGGGAGGGCGUGUCCCAGAGUCAGAGGGGCGUGGCUCUGCAGUUGGCUCAGCAGGUGUGGGCGGGGCCAUAUGACUACACCAACUGUCGGGUCAACCCUCUGGACCCCACACAGAGCAACCCCACGGUGCAGCUGAAGGGGGAGGGGCGUCCCGGCUGGGCCCUGUUCAGCCUCAUGUCCCAACACAGCGAGUCGUCUUUGUUCAGGGAGAAGUUUCUGGACUGGACGAGGAGUGGAGCCAAAACUGCCCCUGCCCCAGUGACAAAUGAAACACAGUCACAGCCUCCAUCCUCAGACCCCCUCAUCCUGUGCGAUGUGAAGGCUUUAGUUUCGGGUCAGUCCUUGGAGGAAGACGUCGUUGUGCACAGCGUUCUGAGUGGCGUGGACGUGCAGAGAGGUCACGGGGUCAUCUCCCUGGAUGAGGGGCGGCAGGCGGAGCUGAGCACUUUGGCUGUGGACACGUGGCUCGUCCAGGAGUUUGACGACACCGAAGUCCCUGUGGAGAGUACAGGACAACUGCAUGAGAGAGAGUCCUAUGUGAUCCGCUGGACCUACACAUUCAGCUGCACUGACAAAGCUAACGGUUUGGACUCCGGUUUGAAAGAAAACACGGCGUUCUUUUUGUGGCGAGGCCGUCACUCCAGUGUGACUGGGCGAGACACUGCGGCUUUCCUGUCUAUCGGGACCAACCACCAGGAGGCAGCGCAGGUUGUGGUGCCUCAGGGCAGAGAGCCGCCGUGUUUCCUGCAGCUCUUUAAAGGAGGUCUGGUGUUUCACAAAGGCACUCGAGAAGAAGCCUCCUCCAGAACAGGAGAUUGGCGUCUGUUCAUUGUGAGGGGGGAGCUGCCAGAGGAGGCUUCACUGACGGAGGUGAACUGCUGCUGCGCUGGGCUCAGAUCCAGGGGCUCUGUGGUUCUACUCAACACCCAGAAGGGGGCAGUGUAUCAAUGGACCGGCUGCAAAGCUCCGGCCAGCACCAGGGAGGUCAGCAGGAGGACAGUGGAGCGGCUGACUCAGACGUGCCCUCAUGAGCUGGGGCUGAGCCGAGGUCGCCCUCUGAAGGUGGAGAAGGUGGAGGAGGGGUCUGAACCUGCAGAGUUUUGGGCUGCACUGGGACACAUGGACCGAAAGGCCUAUGACUGCAUGCUACAAGAUCCAGGCAAAUACAACUUCACUCCUCGCCUCUUCCACUUGGGGGCGUCGUCGGGCGGGUUCAAGGCUGAGGAGCUACAGAGUCCGAGCAGGAUGCCAGGGAUCGUCAUGGCGAUGCCCUUUGUCCAGGAAACUCUCUACUCUGCCCCACAGCCUGCUUUGUUUCUUCUUGAUAAUCGUCUGGAGGUUUACCUGUGGCAGAGAGGGCAGCCCGACCACACUGAGCGUCGAUGUGCGAUGCAAACAGCGCUCCAGUACUGCAAAGAAAUGAAUCCAAGACGCCCGCCCCAGGCCUAUCUCAUCUAUGAAGGGACGGAACCGCUCACUUUCACCAACGUGUUUCCAAACUGGGACAGGAGCCUGGGAUCCCAAACACAGGGUGAGGUGGGGAGGGUGAAGCUGACUUUGGUGCAGGACGCCUUGGCCCAGCUCAUGAGGACACAGCGCCCCCUGGAGGAGCUCUGUCACAGCCCUUUACCUGAGGGAGUGGACCCCCGGCAUCUGGAGGUCUACCUGUCCGACCAAGACUUCCAGACUCUUUUGGAAAUGAAGAGAGAUGAGGACGUGUCUGUGCCGAGCUGGAAACAAAGUGAUCUGAAGAAAAGCAAAGGGCUGCUGAGCUAGAUGGAAACAAGCGCUAAAAUCAUCUGCAAAUAAGGCUGAUUAUUAUUACUAUUAUUAUCACGAAAGGACGACACACACUGUAAUAAAAGAAAAACAGCUCAUUUAUUUAUCCAAUCACGAGGUGUGGGUUUCUCUGUUGCUAUUGUUCCCAGUUAAACAGAUUUUCACAUUGUGUCUGUACAAAUUAAAGGCCCUGUACCUCAUUACUUCUUAUGUAUUUGAGUAAAACGUGUCUCACCCCAGCACAGAUAUGUCGUAUAAGCAGCUCCUGAGGUCAAAAUAAGUCAAAAUGUGUGCUGUCUGGUCAUAAAACGUUGUUAUCGUCCAGUAAACAAGAAGUGCACGUUCGCAUGCUAGUUUAAAGUCAUGGCAAAACUCUGAAAAGAGCUUAUAAACUCAUCAUGGUGAAUAAUUAGGAUGUUCGGAAUGACUUUGGAUCACUGCAAACUGUUUUUUUUCACAUUUUUAGGACAAUAAAAAUCAGGUACAGCACCUUUAAUGAAACAAAAACAUGAAAAUAAAUGAAUUUCCGUAACAAGAAGAAACUGUUUAGAAAGCCUAGUAAAUUAUAUAUUAAAAAAGAACAACUCCCAUAUAUAUUUGAAUGCUUGUUUUGGUAUUUUACAGUCAUGAUUAUUCACAUGUUCAUUUGAGUGUACAAAUCACUGUUGAUGUGCCAUGUAUUUUGUAGCUACUUCACACAUUGACAUUGCAGUACAAAAGAUUCCAGUGGGAUUUACUAUUAGCGACGCAUGGGAGAGCAGGUACACAUGCUCCAGUGACAUGCUAAUUCUGCCCCGUUCAAACCGACACAAGAGCCGUGUAACAGUGGAGCGUUUUCAAACUGUGUGAAGAAACGAAACAAAUAUUGGUGUAUUUCAUUAUUUAUGUACUUUUUGUCCCUGGCCACUUGUAGAUACAGUUUCAACAGCAAAUAUGCCUUCUCAUUGUAAUGUUUUAUUAAAGAUAUUUUUCUUCUUGCAA